CGCGCUCGCCCGGCAAGUGCGCCUGCGCGGAGGCCGUGGCCGCGCCCGCUCCCGCUGGGGGCUCGUCGCUGGGCGGCCGGGCCAUGGGGGAGGCCGAGGUGGGCGGCGGCGGCGCGCCGGGGGACAAGGGGCCGGGGGAGGCGGCCACCAGCCCAGCCGAGGAGACGGUGGUGUGGAGCCCCGAGGUGGAGGUGUGCCUCUUCCACGCCAUGCUGGGCCACAAGCCCGUCGGUGUGAACCGACACUUCCACAUGAUCUGUAUUCGGGACAAGUUCAGCCAGAACAUUGGUCGGCAGGUCCCAUCCAAGGUCAUCUGGGACCAUCUGAGCACCAUGUAUGACAUGCAGGCGCUGCACGAAUCGGAGAUUCUUCCAUUCCCAAACCCAGAGAGGAAUUUUGUCCUUCCUGAAGAAAUCAUUCACGAAGUCCGAGAAGGAAAAGUGGUCAUUGAAGAAGAAAUGAAGGAGGAAAUGAAGGAAGAUGUGGACCCCCACAACGGGGCUGACGAUGUUUUUUCGUCUUCAGGAAGCUUGGGAAAAGCAGCAGAAAAGUCCAGCAAAGACAAGAACCCUUCGGACUUGGGGUCCAAGGAAGGGGCAGACAAGCGGAAGCGCAGCCGGGUCACCGACAAAGUCCUGACGGCGAACAGCAACCCCUCCAGCCCCAGCGCUGCCAAGCGGCGCCGAACGUAGUCGUGGCUCAGCCACGGCAGGGGGCCGGGGCACUGCUGUCACUGGCCAGACACCCCCCAGCCCGCUGCCUGCCCUCAGGCACGUGGGGCUCCCGCGGGGCCCACUGUGACCACCUGGGGCUCUGGGGGGCCCUGAGAGACCAGAGCUGGCUCGGUUGUGGUUGUGGAGAGCCGGGGUCUGGGCCUGUCUCCCCCCGCACCAGCGGGUGAGCCCCAGCUGAGCUGGCCCCUGGCCGGGCUGUGGUCCGGGCUCCACGGGGCAGAGCGCGGGGCAGGAGCGGGACAGCUAGGGUGAGGAGCGGGGUGCCUGCUCGGCCUGUGGGGAGCACUGGUCUUGCUGGGUGCCGCAGCUCUCCCCCUCCGUGUGUCCGUCUGUCAGCCACUCUUUCUAACCGGGCUGCUCCCUGGGGAGAAGGAGACUCAGGCCGCCCUGCCCCCCAGCACCUGCACCCAAGAAACUGAGGACUGGAGACUUCGCCUCAUUCACUUGUACUGUAACGAUGUAUAUAAUUUGGUGGUAUUUCACUAUUUAAUUUUUAAGAAGCCUAUUUUACUAGUGUUUUAUAUGAAAAAAAAUACUGCAGAAGUUAAACCUGUGUUGUAUUUUUCCUCAGAUGCUUUGUGCUCGGUAGUGAGUACUGAGACACUCCACUCGGUGUUAUAUGCUGGGAGCAGAGUUUGUACGGGCUAUUUUUGUAUCUCCGGGACCUUGGGACUAGGCCUGAUGAGUGUGUGGAGGGCGGUGCUGCGGCCGGGCCGCCGAGGUGCUUUCGUUUGAGCGCCGACCAUUAAAGCACGAAAGAACA